AUGGACACCUACCAAUCAUUUAACGCCUCUGGUGUUGCUGGUGUCGCUGGUGUCGCUGGUGUUGCUGUGGCCGAAGCCUCCGCUUCUGUGUGGUGGUUCAAGGUGGUUGUCACCUUUCUCGCGGUCGUGCUUGCGUACGACCAGCUUGUGUACAAAAUGAACAAGGGCAACAUCGCGGGGUCCACGUGGAAGUGGUACCCGAUCAUCGGGCCGUUCAUGGAGUCGCUCGAUCCAAAGUUCGAGGAGUACAAGGCCAAAUGGGACUCUGGUCCGUUAUCGUGCGUGUCUGUGUUCCACAAGUUCGUAGUCAUCGCCUCCACUCGCGACCUUUCCCGUAAGAUCUUCAGUUCUCCGGCAUUUGUGAAGCCGUGCGUGGUGGAUGUUGCGGUCAAGAUCUUGAGACCGUCGAACUGGGUGUUUUUGGACGGCAAGGCCCAUGGGGACUACCGUAAGGGCUUGAACCCGCUCUUCACCAAGCAGGCGCUCCAGAUCUACUUCCCAGCGCAGGAAAAGAUUGUCGACGCGUAUUUAAAAAAGUUUUUGGCCAUGGGUGAGACUGAGGGCGCCACCCAGUUCUUCCCCCACUUCCGGGAGUUCUUGUGUGCCAUCUCGCUCCGCACCUUCUGCGGCGAGUACAUCUCCGAGGAGCAGAUCAAGCUUGUCGCGGAUAACUAUUACAAGGUGACCGCCGCGUUGGAGCUAGUGAACUUUCCUAUUAUCUUGCCCUUCACCAAGACCUGGUACGGGAAGAAAAUUGCGGACGAAACCAUGAAGAUCUUCGAGGGCUGUGCCGCCAAAUCGAAGGAGCACAUCGCCGGCGGCGGCGCGCCGAUCUGUGUAAUGGACGAGUGGAUUGAGUCGAUGGUCAUUGCCCGCAAGAAGGAGGCGGCCGGUGAUGCCACCUCCACGGAAGCUAAGCUUUUGAUCAGAGACUUUUCCAACCGCGAAAUCUCCGAAGCCAUCUUCACCUUCUUGUUUGCCUCACAGGAUGCCUCUUCCUCGCUCGCCUGUUGGUUGUUCCAGAUCAUCGCCGACCGUCCGGAGAUUGCCACCAAGAUCAGGGAGGAGCAGUUGCGUGUCCGCAACAACGACUUGUCUACCCCAGUCACCUUGGACUUGAUUGAGGAGAUGGCGUACACCAACGCGUGCGUGAAGGAGUCCCUUCGCUACCGCCCACCCGUCCUCAUGGUGCCAUAUGUCGUGAAGAAAAAGUUCCCGGUUACCGACUCCUACUCCUUGCCUAAGGGCUCUAUGGUGGUGCCGACCUUGUACCCGGCAUUGCACGACCCGGAAAUCUACACCAACCCGGACGAGUAUAACCCCGACAGAUUCAUGCAAGAUCCGACCGGCUCGACUACGAAUCCGUCGGAAGCCCGCAAAAACUGGUUGGUGUUUGGCACCGGGCCGCACGUGUGUCUCGGCCAGACCUAUGUCAUGAUGUUGUUCACUUUCAUGUUGGGCAAGUUCUUGUUGGAGGCCGAGUUGCAGCACGAGGUCACGCCGUUGUCUGAGGAGAUCAAGGUCUUUGCCACCAUCUUCCCGAAGGAUGACUUGAUCUUGAAGUUCCAGAAGCGCGACCCUACCAAGGUGUAG